AUGAUUAACAAAUAAGAAUAUAAUGAACUCAGAUUUAAAUAUUUAUAAAGUGAAAAUACAAAUGCAGAAAUUACAAAAAAAAUAAUUGAAUUAGAAGAAUGUCUAUAAUAAUUAUUUGCUGAAAAUUAAGUUUUAAAGAAUUAGGAUAAAACAAAUAAAUCAAGAAUAAAUUCUUUGGAAUCAGAAUUAUAGCAAACUCUCAAUAAAUCAAAAUCCAAAUAUCACUCUAAUAUUUCUCGUUCUCCAUCUUUAUCGAAAUCUAAUCAUAAUUAAAAAAGGUCAAUCCAUUGUAUUAUUAAUCCUUCUAAAAGGAAAAGUGUUGAAAAGACAACUCCAAUAAGGGUAUUUUUUUCUAAUAAAAAAAGUUGAGAAAAAAUAGCUAGGAUAGUGUUACUGAAUCUUCAUUUAGACGCAAAUCGAAUUCAAAACGAACUGAAUGA